UUCAGAAUUAACUUGACUUGUCCUAUGUCAUGUACAAUGAUCUACAGUGACAAAAUCAAUCAAUCAAUCAAUCAUGUAUUUUUGCUGUUGUAAGUAACAGCUGCAAAACUGAAUGACUUUUUUUAAUUAUCAGUGGCUUUUGUUAUUUGUAAAUUGCCUUUUUCAGUUUACAGUUCAUGAAGUGGUCUAGGAAUUCAAGUGUUAUGCAUUAAAUUAAAAAGAAAGUUAGAAAUGUUUCGUGUACUUAAUAAAAAAAAAAUCGUGGAACACUGUCGGCAGCUUGUGCUGCCAGCAAGAAAUUUGUUAAAUUCAUGUGGCACAAAACUGGACAGUGCUUCAAGAAUCAACAACUGUGUAACAAAACAUGCAUAUUUGAACAAUGCCAGUGGUGGGUUUCGAGCAGAGUGUGAGCUGCAAAGGAAGCUUUUUCACGUGACAGCAACUAGACAAGCUCUGCCACCAGUUUUCAUUAUCAUUCUUAGGCCUUUGUCGAAGGUAGCAGCAAUUUUGUUUGGAAGAACUUUCAGGAAGUGGUGGCGAGCCUUGCCUCCAGACAGGAAACAAGAUUUGAUACUCAGAUUGAAGAAGAACAAGACGGCAUUACUAGCAUCUGGUGCCCUGGUUUCAACAGGAGUGGUGUGGUACUACUACAGUCAUCUUGAAGAGGACCCAAUUACAGGGAGGAGCAAAUUCAUUGCAAUUAAUAAAGAACAAAUAUUGCAGCUGGCACAAAUAGAACUGGUAAUGCAACGUGAAUUACACAAGGACCAUUUUCUUCCCCCAGCUCAUCCUGCAUACAAACGAGUGGUUAAGGUGGCAAACCAGCUGCUUAGGAGCAACAGGGAGAUUCCACAACUACGUGAAACAAACUGGAUUGUUACAGUCGUGAAUGAACCAUCAGUCACCAAUGCCUUCGUGCUACCAAAUGGUCACAUAUUUGUGUUCACGGGAAUCCUGAGUCUGUGCACCAAUGAUGAUCAGCUCUGUGUGAUUCUUGCACAUGAGAUUUCACAUGUUCUCCUCUCUCAUAUGGCAGAGCAGUUUAGCAGCUUACAUCUCAUGGAUCUUCUGGUACUGGUGCCCCUAGCCUUAAUAUGGGCUGUUUUGCCAGAAGCUGCUGCUGUGAUAGCCCAUUGGCUCUCUGGAUACUUCACGAAGGUGUUAUUCCAAUUACCGUUCAGCAGAGCUCUGGAAGCUGAGGCAGAUGAGAUUGGCUUGCAACUCACUGCAAAGGCAUGUUAUGAUGUACGUGAAGCAAGUGUAUUCUGGGCCAAAAUGAGUUCCUUGGACUCAGAGUUUGAAUGGCUUUCAACACAUCCUAACAGCGAGACCCGGCAGUUUGUAUUAGAGUCCCUAAUGCCCACAGCCAUACAGCUGCGGGAGAAGUGCAAGUGCCCCAAACUACCACCAGUGGAUCCACGCAUGCUCAUAGGCAUACGUGUCCCAGAAGAAAUUAAAGUGUUGUAUAAAUAAUUUGUUUGUUGGCCUUGGGGCAUUGUACAGCAGUGUCCUCAAAGAUUGUAAGGCACAGAAUGCUUGUUGUUCAAAAUAAAAGGUAUCUUUCAUAAAUGGUU